AUGGAAACUAAGACCAUUAGAGAAACUUCAUUCAAUGAAAGUUUUCAAGUUUAUAAGCCAAGGAUUUUUACUUAUAGAGAACUAGCAAAGGCAACUUCAGGUUUCUCCAAGACCAACAUACUUGGCGAGGGUGUUUUUGGCGUAGUUUAUAAGGGACGCCUACCUAGCAAAGUCAUUGUUGCCAUUAAGAAACUUAAAGACCUUCCAAAUGAACAGCAGAAAGAAGAAUUUGAGAAGAAGAUUAAGAAUGUUAGCACUGUAAAAUCAUACAUGGAGUGUUAUGCAGAUUUAGAGAAUAAUAAAAAAGCUUCCGAAGGAUCAGAUAUUUAUGCCUUUGGUAUUGUGCCUUUAGAACUGAUUACUGGCAGAAAAAUUAAUGAGAGAGGCAAUAAUAUUAUUAAUUGGAUAGUUGGAGCUCUUGAAGGACAUAUUCCUCUAAAGGAUAUAUGGGAAGAGAAUGACAAAGAAUUCCUAUACAAUGAGGGUUAG